AUGGCUUUACCACUACACAAGCGCUAUGAAAUUGUAUUUUUAUCCAAGCAUCCAUUGGGUCCACAGCUCAAUCAUACGGAUGUGGCAAAAGCAGUUCAUUGUAGCACUUCGACGGUAAAAUAUUGGCUCAAUCGAUGGAACGAAUCCAAAGAUUUAGAUGAUUCACCCCGAUCAGGCCGUCCACGUACAGCUACUCAGGAACAGGAUCAACGAAUUGUUUCGCUUGCUGACCAGCAGACAUUCGUCACGGUGCAAGACAUUGCAAACCAGUUGAAGCGGGAACGAGUCAAUGUGAGCGAGAGAACCGUGCGACGGUGCCUGAAUGAAGCUGGUGCGAAAUACAAUAAGCCAAUUUCAAAACCAUUACUUACUGAACACCAUCAAGAAAGACGUUUAGAAUGGGCUCUUACUCAUCAGGAUAUGGAGUGGGACGAAGUGAUAUUUUCUGACGAGACCACUAUCCGCCUGAAUUCGGUGAAAGGACUAGUUUGGAAUUUACCAGGAAAAAAGAAAUUCGUUCGUACUGUCAAGUAUCCAAUAAAGGUGAAUGUUUGGGGGUGUUUCUCAAGUAAGGGCUUCGGUCGUAUCGUCUGCUUUCGACAGAACCUUGAUGCAAGAUUCAUGUGUACCAUUUACAAACACGGUCUCUUGCCAACAGCCUACAAACAAUUUGGUCGUGACUCGACGUCCUGGAAACUGCAAGAAGACAAUGAUCCCAAGCACAUGUCAAAACUUGCCAACAAUUGGAGAGAAGAAAAACGAAUCGAAAGAAUUGAUUGGCCGUCAAUGUCUCCCGACCUGGCUCCCAUUGAGAACGUUUGGCAACUCUUGAAGAUUAAAUUACGGAAAAAACAAUUUACAACUUAUCAAUCUUUGGUCUCGGCAAUAAAGCGAGAAUGGAAAGCCCUACCACAGAUAUUAGCCAUAAGACUUGUUGAUAGUAUGAAAAAUCGAAUCUGUGAAGUUGUUGAAAGUGAUGGUGAUUUCAUUUUACAUUAG